AUGUAUUUCCCUUUAAAUUUUAUUUUUAAAAUUUUAUUUUUGCAAAAAAUUCUUUCCAUCUCCAAUUUCUCUUUAUUUUUAUUCCACAAUUUUGACAUUUAUAUCUUUUCUAUAUUUUAUACCCUUUUUAUUCACAUCCAUAAGCCAAUUUCUAAAAUUCCCAAUCCAUCCAUUCCUUCAACAUUUCCGACUGGUCAAUUGCGUUAUAAGGCCCCAACCCUCCCAACUUGUUUUUACUUCUCUCCAUUUUCACUCUUUGGCUUCCGCUUGUUUAGCUUAUUUUUAUUUCUCUAGAG